AUGUACCAUAACAACGCCCAGUCUCGCGUCCACCUGUCUGGAAAGCCCGCCCCCAGUGAAGACGCACAGCUUCCACGCGGGGAAUGUGCCUUCAUCGUCCCUGAGUCCGAGGGCAAUUCCUCGCGCCAGCGCUGCACAUGCCGCAGCUUCUACCCAGACUCGCUCCUGCGCUCCCGCUGCGGCUGCGGGCACCAGGCAUGGCACCACGAAUCGCAGCCUUUGUCCGUCGUGACAAUGGACGACUACGCCCACGCUGUCGAACAGAUGAAGCAGCUCAAGCAAGAAGUCAAGCGCCUUCAAGGCCUCGAGCAAACUUGGAAACAGGAGCUGUUUAGGGAGCGCAUGGCACGUGAAGAGCUGGUCAGAACGAGCCGCGCCAUAGAGGCACGCAUGUACGAGAACAUGAGGAUCCUGAAACUAUCCAUGGACGACAGGGUCGAGGCUGUGGUGGACAAGACGACUGAAUUCAGCGACCAGAUCAAAGGCAUGCAGGAGCGUCUGGUCAUGCUGGACGACGUCAGUAUGGACUUGGAGAAUAGAGUCGAUCGAGUCGAGCAUGCUGGAGGAAUGUCAAGAGAAGUCACGCCCGGUCCCUCCACACCCAGAGCCCGCACAUCAACUCCCAAACCAACACCAGUUCCACCAGUCCCGCUUCUCAUGCAAACCCAACCUCACCACUCGAUUGGCCAACUUCCCAUUCGAACCGACAAAAAGUACCCGUUGUCGUGGAGCGUGCGUGUUAUCUUUGUGCUGCGCAAGUCGCAGCGAUUCGCCUUUGAUCCCGACAGCAAUGCUUACAAGCGAUGUGCGUCACGCAAAUUACAGCAAAAUCUAGACUUUCCAACUCAGGACAGUUCGUGCUUCGCGAACCGCAUCGACAACGCGUUCAAAGGUGUUUUCCGAGGCCGACCCUGGAUGCCAUUGACAGGUCACCGCCCAGCUGACGAACCCUUUGGUCGGAUGGCUUUGACACUUCUCCCCGCAGACCUCAUCCAUCGCGAUGUAUGGGAUUACCCGUUCCUCGAGGACCAUUGCAUCGCACACGACAAGAUGCAGGGCGACGUCCUCUACAUUACUUUGCAAUACGAAGAUGUCACCUGGAAUGAGAUCAGGUUCCUACCAGCUGCCAGCAGCGUUGACGAGUCUUGUUGGAACCACGAUGAAGAGCUUGAUGGCACAGUCAAGUACAAAAGUCUGGAUUCUGAAAUCAUGGCGCCUUCCAAGCUGGAUGUCCUCGCCGACUCGGCUGCUCUGCUGAGUCCUAUUGAGCGCGCACAAUCGCAAUCGUCAAGCCACUCAUCCAGAAUGAGUCCCUUGCAGCGCAUCUCUACGCAGUCUUCUAGUCACACUAGUGAACCCAGAUUCUCUUCAGAGCGAAGCAGUUUGCGAAGCUUCGAGACCGAGACGACUGAUGAUGAGCACCGCGACAAGAAGCCAAAGUUGAGGUCGAGACCGAGCAUGCCCAACAUCAACAAUGGUCACACGCAACAACCCAUGUACGUCUCGGGCCGGUCGAAGCGCAAAAUGCCUGUCAGGGAGAAAGGCGUCAAAGAGCCUCUCCACUUCAACGCUAGCAACCUUGCCAAAUGGGCGCGACCAAACCUGCUCCAUCCUCACUCAUCCAAGGGUAAAGAAGCGGCGCACAAUCCGUGA